CUUCUAAACUCAAAUAUAUAUUCCUAGUUAAAAAAAAAAACUCAAAUAUUUAUUAGAGACUCACCAUUUCUAGCCCACCCUUCUCCACCAGGGUGGGUGUUGUGAAGAGAACGAAAAUGAGGAAGGCGAGGGGUCUAGUACAGAAGGGUUGCAAAGCUGUUCAGGAUCUCAACUUGCUCAAGCUCCUCCAGUCCGAGAUUCAGCACGAGCUUUCCUCCGACCCUUUUCCGACAAGCAGAAGCAGUUCAUUGGGAGAUUUUGUGGUGGAGUGGGAUUCGCCGCAGACCCAAGAUGUGGUGUUGAGGAGAAAGCUGGAGAGUGGUGAAGAGGUUGCUGUUUCAGCUAUGUUGGGGCCCAUCAGCCCUUGGGCCGCUGACAAAGAGGACAGUUUGUAUCCAAGGCAUGGUGAGAUGAAGAUAUGUGUCAAGAAACCUGGGUUGAGCUCUCUACUGCAGUUUGACUGUGUUAUUUUGGAGGACGGUUAUGGGUUUAGAAUCCGGGACUGCUAUUAUCUUCACUCACCAGCUCGUAUCGGCCCUUCCGUCUAUAGAGGUCGCUGCUUCCACGAUCUGGAUUCUAAAUUACGUAGCGCACUCAAGGGAUAUCUUGCGGCCAAGGGUAUUGGAGAAGAGCUUACGAACUGCCUCUUGCAUUGCCUACACAAAAAAGAGCAAGGUCAAUAUGUAAACUGGCUACAUAAGCUUGAAUCAUUUGUUGCAAAAGCAGCAAAACCAGAGUGAUAGCUAGACAGGAAUCAUCAAAUUGAUCUUUGUCAUUUGGUGUAACUAGAGAAUUUAGGUAGGUAAUGUGCUUGGAUCAUAAAGGUGCCUUCAUUUUUCCUUUACUUUGGAUGGACCAAAGAUGACGUAUUCCAUCCUCAACACAUGUCACUUUGACUCUUGGGCAGGGUUUAAAAUGUUGAAUUCUGUUUAUGUUUGGACUGGAGGAUUUUGAGUAGUAGGAGGUGUUCCUCUAUUCCAAGAAGUGAACUUUUAACAAACUAUUUGUAGCAGAAUUAGCCUCUUAAGUAUGUGGUUUAA